AUGCGGCACUAUUCACUUUCAACGAUAAUUUACUUCCUAUUAAUUAUCCUUUUCAUCGGUCAUUUUCAACAGCUUCAUUCAUUGCGUUGCAAAUGUAACGCAAAUCGUGGACCAUCACCAUGUAUUGGUGAUUUUUGCGAUAUACACAAUCGUGAUGGAAAGCGUGCAGCAUGCGGUGCAUUACGACGUGCACGACAAACCAUUUUUGCAUGCGUAUUAAUUCGUCGAACUUCUAACGAUACAUAUUGCCAUGUAAUUGGUAGUACAACAGCAUGUUGGUGUCGAGAAAUGGAUUUUUGUAAUGCUGAUUUAGAAGCAGAAUUAUUUGAUGUUGAUGAAUCGAUUGAUAGUUCUGAGGAAUUAUUAUCACCAUCAUUAUCAUCAUCAUCAUCAUCAUCAUCAUUAUCAAAAUUCAUUUCUAAUCCACAAAGGGAAGAAUUCAUCAUUGAACCGAACAGAGAACUAAUAUCAACUAAAUCACGUCAAAUAACAAUUGAUGUCGUAGAAAAGGUAAAGCUUACACCGCAAAAAGAAAAUCCACCGACUGAAAUUACGGAAAUAAUUUCUGACAGCUACGAAUAUGAAUUAGAUGAUGAGUGA